UCCGGGUCACCAGCCUACGCUUCCGCCCGCGGAGUGAGCUUCUUCGUCUUCUCUGCGACUCUUUUACCGCGCCUGGUGCAAGUUGGUGGCGAUUUUGGUGAUGAGUUCCCAGAAAGGCAACGUGACUCGCUCAAGGCCGCAGAAGCACCAGAAUACGUUUAGCUUCAAAAAUGACAAGUUUGAUAAGAGUGUUCAGACCAAGAAAAUCAAUGCAAAACUUCAUGAUGGAGUAUGUCAGCAUUGUAAAGAAGUUCUUGAAUGGCGGGUAAAAUACAGCAAAUAUAAACCUUUAUCAAAACCUAAAAAAUGCGUUAAGUGUUUACAGAAGACCGUGAAGGAUUCUUACCACACAAUGUGCAGACCAUGUGCCUAUCAACUUGAAGUUUGUGCAAAAUGUGGAAAGAAAGAAGACAUUGUUAUUCCGUUUAAUAAAGACCCAGAAAAUCCUGAAACUAAUCAAAGAUCCAGUCAUAGAAGGAGCUGCGAAAGGAAUGAAGAAAGUGAUGAUGACGUAGAUUUUGAUAAUGAUUUAGAUGACAAAAGUGAUAAUCAAGUGGAUUAAUGUACAUUAAAAGUCAGUCAGAGAAUGUGAAAUUCUGAUCACUUUUUGCCUUUGACAGUGUCACACAAAAUAAUACCGUUAAAUUCCAAUGAGGAAGUCAGAAAAAAGCUAUAGAAAAUAGGCAAAAGUCGCAAAUGAACAAUAUGAAUUAGGCAUCAUAUUUACAUAAUUGUAAAACUUUUAUCUAGAGCUGUCUUAAAGACAAAAUUUUAAAUUGCACAUACUAGGAUGCCUGCCAAAAAGCAGAUAAAAUCAGGUUGUCAUGCUGCAGUUCAUGGAAAUUACUUAGAAGAAUGUAUUACUUACUAUCAACUUUAAUAAGAUUCAGAAUUCAUGCUUGUAAAAGAACUAUCUAGGCCAGGUGUGGUGGCGCACACCUGUAAUCCCAGCACUCUGGGAGGCUGAGUCAGGAGGAUUG